AAUUACAAACAGCUACCAGGUGGCCCUAAGAUUAAGGCUCGUGGUGAUGACGGAAUAGGUGUCAAGCGGGUCUUCCCUGGUGGUUUCUGGUUGAUGUUCUGCUGUGAAGACUUUUUGAAUUAUGGCUUUGAAUCAUCUGAGCUUGCUGCGGCCUCUCCUGUGUCAGCCCCUGCUGCGACAUGUCAGGUCUCCGCUCACAUCUUGCAUAAGUUCGAGGCCGUUUCUUGGUCCUGACAACAUCCAGCACCCUGCUUCUGCUGCUGGAUGCAUCAGGCUCUACGCCACCAAAAAGGCAAAAGCCAAGGCAAAGGGCCAGUCAGCUAAGGUGAACAUUAAUUCAGCUCUGGUGGAAGACAUCAUCAGUCUGGAUGAAGUGAAGGAGGACAUGACCGCUGUUCUCGAUUCGCUCAAGGAUGACUUCACACGGAACCUCAGCAUCCGAACCUCGCCAGGAGCUCUGGAUCACAUUGUGGUGACGACUCAAGAUGGGAAGUUCCCUCUCAGGCAGCUGGGUCAGAUCUCCAUGAAGUCACCUCAGCUCAUUAUGGUCAACAUGAGCAGCUUCCCUGAAGCUACAGCAGCAGCCACCCGAGCCCUGAGAGAGAGCGGCAUGAACUUAAACCCAGAGGUGGACGGGAUGAUCAUUAAGGUGCCCGUUCCCAAAGUGACUCGGGAGCACAGAGAGAACCUGGCCAAGGUAGCCAAACAGCUCAGCAACAAGGCUAAAGACUCAGUGAGGAGAGUGCGCUCUAAUGCUGUCACACAGGUCAAAAAAGCAAAGGAAGGACACUCAGAGGACACAAUACGACUCGUAGAAAAACAGAUUCAGCAAAUGGCAGACAGCACUGCAACAGACAUCGACAAACAGCUUGCAGCCAAGACCAAGGAGCUGUUAGGCUGACUGUUAUACUUGUUAUUGGUCUCUCUGAUCAGCUUGGAGGACAGUCUGAAAAGCAGCAACAUGUCUUUUUACAUGUUGCUAAUAGUGACUGGAUCAUGUUGGGGAGGGAGUUUUUUUCUUUUUUUUAGAACCACAUCUUGGGCCCUUGCUCCUGCCCACAUCACUGGGUAAGACAUUUUUUGCUGCGUUGUGAUAUCUGUGUUUAGCUGCCUAAGUGCAUAAACAAAAACUGGUACAAAAACGACAACAGACUACCCGUCACCUCCCUCCUCCCUUGUUACUCUUCCUGUCUUCAAACAAACACCAAGAAAGCAACGAAUGGACUUUUAAUGGGAUUUGUGGGCCUCCUCCUAAUCAAACCCUUUGCCACAGGGGCUGUCUGUUUAUAUAAAAGCAAGCGCACCCGUCUCAAUGUAAACUGGCUGCGGGUUUGUCUUGGUGGCAGGAGCGAGAGAGAGUUUGUUCCAGAGACGUAGGAGUCGACCGAACAGAUACCGUUAAGAUGCUGCCAAACAUUUGUUUCACAUUGAUUCCAAGUCUGUUAAAAAAUGCACUUGAAGAAAAAAACAACCCAAAAAAAAAAAGGCCUUUAAUUUCUGUCCAUGUUGAGGAUUGAUAAUAUGGCUACUCUCUUUUAAACACAAUAAAGUUGGGAACGUAACAUUAUUGAUGGAGUCCAUUAAAG